AUAUCCUUCCUCAGUCGGUGAGAACGUAUCGUAUCACGCGUGGUUCGGUGGAAUUUAUUUUUUCGAUAAAAAUAAAUACUUACUUUUUUCUCGGUCUUUUCUCUCUGUACAUUCGUUUCGUUUCUCUUUGUCUGCAUUUGAAUGCACAUAUAGAGCAACUCGUUCUUUUUAUUUUUAAUUAUUUUUUGGUUUUUGUUUUCUACCAAAAACAACAACAACAAAAACAACAACAACACCAACAAUUUGGAUUAACACCAUCAUGCAAGUUGAGAUCAGGGAAUGAAAACAUCAAGUUUCAGUCUUAAAUGUCAGAAUUAAAGUAGAAGUAUAGUAGCUUGUAAAAAUAUCACUAUUUUGGCUGCCAACAUAAAUAAAUAAAUAUCAUGAAAAACCAACCAAAACAACAGAAACACAACGAAAAAACACAUGUGUGACUCGGGAACUGUGUGCAUCUUAAGUUCGGUCUACCCGGUGGUAAUCAGUCAGACGGGCCGUUAUGUAAAUGGUCGCCGCCGCGCCGUUCGUCGCCGCCAUCAUUGCCAUAGUUGUUCUGCCGCGCUGCGGUCGGGGGAAUACAAACAGAAACAGAUCGGCCCGCCUGAACGUCAAAUAUUCUAGCCGACUUCGACGCAAGAUCAUCUCUGAAAAAGUUCUAUUUAUAUCCACCAACGUAAACUGUGCUGCAAACUAAAUAUGGAUAAUUUGGCCCUCUGCCUCCUUGUUACAGUUGCACAUUUAUGAAUGUUUAUGACUUGCACCUGAAAUAAUCAGACAAGGCUAGAUUUUUCGAUUUUAUUUCGUUUUUCGUUCAGUUUCGUUUUAUUUUUUUUGGUUUUAUUUAAAUCAAUCGAACCAAUUUCAAUUGCGGUCGAUGGUAGUGGCAGUUAGAAGUGCACGCGAAAAAUCAAAUUUGUGUAAUCGGUUCUUGCCCAAGAGAUAAUCAAAUCACGCCGACCCGACAACUGUCACCAAUUAGUCAUUUAUGUCUGAGUGUGAUAUGUGAAAUUAUUAUAUACCCCUGCCCUUUCUCGGUUGUACAAAAAUAAAAUUUUAUUUCUUUUAGUUUCUUUUAUUUUUGAAUUUUCGUUCAAAUUUGAAGUGACAGCUGUCAAAAAAAGUGCGCGCAAAAAUUAAAAAUUGAUUAUUUUUCUAAAGUUCGUGUUUCCCUUCUUUAUUUAUUUUAGAUUUGUAAAUACCUUUUGAUCAACUUGAACUGUGUCAUCAUUAAUAAAAUAUCGAUAUCGAAAUUCUUUCACGACUUAAACAUGAGAUAGCAAAAAUCUGCUGAACUUAACGAAAGUAACAACAACAACUGUCAUCUAAAUCAUUUUCGUCUAGCUGUUGUCGUCGUCGUCGUAGUCCACCCUUUCAAAAACAAAAGUAGAACCACACUCUAAACUCACAACUUGACUGAAUGUCAUCGCCAUUUUCAAAUUCAAAUUCAGAACACAUCAAGCAUAAGCAUAGCCUCUUCUAAACAACAAGAUGCUUCCCAUAAUUAAGAAAACAACGAAAGCUUACACCUGCACCGAUACCGACACCACCAAAAUGGGAACAAUAUACUGCAAAUCAAGUAGAAAAAUUAGAAAGUAUACAAUUUCAUCGACAGCCCUAGCAUUUGGCAUAGUUGCGGUCUUGAUGGCCGUCCAUGCACCAUACGGCUACUGUCAAUCGGACCUAGAGAUGAAUUCGACGGAAGCAACACCGAUUAAUACGACAGUAGCCGAACGCCAGGAAAGCGGAACCACUCUUCAAUGUCAGGAUGGUUUGAUGCUGAGCGUUUGGAUGCCACAGGAUAAUCUGACGUUCAGCGAUCGGUUUGGCAGAGGAUUGGUCUAUGCGUUGGCAAUGAUCUACCUGUUUAUUGGUGUUUCAAUUGUCUCCGAUCGCUUUAUGGCAGCGAUUGAAGUGAUCACGUCCAAGGAGAAGGAGGUUAUCAUCAAGAAGCCAAGCGGCGAAACACAAGUGAUUGUUGUGCGCGUGUGGAACGAGACAGUGGCCAAUCUGACAUUGAUGGCACUUGGCUCGAGUGCGCCAGAGAUUCUAUUGUCGGUAAUUGAAAUGUUUGCGAAAAAUUUUGAAGCCGGCGACUUAGGGCCUGGGACAAUUGUUGGAUCGGCUGCCUAUAAUUUGUUUGUGAUCAUUGCACUUUGUGUUGCUGUGAUCCCAGAUGGAGAGGUUCGAAAGAUCAAGCAUUUGCGAGUGUUCUUUGUAACGGCCACUUGGUCGGUAUUUGCUUACAUUUGGUUGUACUUAAUAUUGUCGCAGAUCUCACCAGGACGGGUCGAGGUGUGGGAAGGCCUGUUGACGUUCAUGUUCUUCCCAGCUACCGUACUCACCGCCUACAUUGCCGACAGACGUAUGCUCAUCUACAAGUAUCUCGAUAAGAAUUAUCGGAUGAAUAAACGCGGCGUAAUUGUCAGUGCUGAGGGCGAUGCCGUCCUGGAGAUGAAUAACCGCGCAAGUAGUAUAAAGAUUUUAGAAGAGAAUGGUGGUGUAGUGAAUGAGGAGACGAAGGAAUUCGAAAUGGCGCGACGUGAAUACAUUUCAACGCUUAGAGACCUGCGCAAGAAGUACCCACAAAGUGAUCUGGAGCAAUUAGAACUAAUGGCCCAGGAACAAUUGAUAAACAAGGGCCCCAAGACAAGGGCCUUCUACAGGGUGCAAGCUACCCGUAAAAUGAUGGGCAGUGGAAAUAUAGUAAGAAAGAUUCAAGAGCGUGCGCAGAGUGAUCUGAGCGAAGUCAAGGCUGAAUUGCAUAAAGUCGAUGUUCAAGGUGAUUCAGACGAUUCAGUGUGCAAGUUCUACUUCGAACCCGGACACUACACGGUUAUGGAAAGUUGUGGUUCGUUCGAGGUUCGUGUGGUGCGUCGUGGAGAUAUCUCAUCAUAUAUGACAGUUGAAUAUGAAACAGAAGACGGUUCGGCUGAAGCCGGAUCUGAUUAUAUUGGAAAAAAGGGUGUUUUGAAUUUUAUGCCUGGCGUCGAUGAACAACGCUUCCGCAUCGAAGUUAUUGAUGACGAGGUCUUCGAACAAGAUGAGCAUUUUUAUGUUAGGCUUAGCAAUCCAUCAGAGCCAGGUGUUUUGGUUACCCCCAAAGUGGCAACCGUUAUGAUUCUCGAUGACGAUCAUUGCGGUAUAUUUGCGUUCGCGAGUAAGGAACAUGAAGUUGUUGAAUCAGUGGGAACGUAUGAUAUGAAAGUUCAAAGAUUUUCCGGAGCUCGAGGAAAGGUUGUGGUGCCCUAUUGGACGGAAGACGGUACAGCAAGGGCCGGCAAGGAUUACGAGCCGUUGCAAGGAGAGCUGGUUUUCGAAAAUAAUCAAAGCGAAAAAUUUCUCAAUUUGGCUAUCAUUGAAGAGGGCAGCUAUGAGAAGGAUGUUGUAUUCUAUGUAAAUAUUGGCGAGCCCCAGAUUGCAGCAGACACGGAUAAAAAAUCGGAUCCAUUUAAAUUUUUGACUAAAUAUUUUGACGAUGAACUGGCAGGACUUAUACAAGCAGCAGAAGCUAAACGCCCAGAGGAGCUGACAGAAGAGGAUAAAUUAGCCCUCUUAGGGCGGCCAAAACCAGGAGACUGUGUUCGCGCAGAACUGCGGAUCAAAGAAAGUAAGGAGUUCAAGAAUACUGUAGAUAAACUUGUCCAGAAGGCUAAUGCGUCGCUACUCCUGGGGACCUCAAGUUGGAAGGAACAAUUCACGGAGGCACUCACUGUCAGUGCGGGAGACGAUGACGAGGGUGAGGGUGGUGGAGGAGAAGAAGGUGAUGAGCCUUCACCAACAUGCGGCGAUUAUAUCAUGCAUUUUCUAACGGUCUUUUGGAAAGUCCUUUUUGCAUUCAUCCCACCAACAGAUAUCGCCGGAGGAUAUUUGUGUUUCGUCGUAUCAAUUACGUGUAUAGGUAUAGUUACCGCCGUUAUUGGUGAUGUAGCAUCACAUUUCGGUUGUACUUUGGGUAUUAAGGACGCAGUCACUGCCAUAUGCUUCGUUGCUCUAGGAACAAGUAUACCUGAUACGUUUGCUAGUAAAGUAGCAGCCAUUCAGGACAAACAUGCCGACGCAAGUGUUGGCAACGUAACCGGAAGUAAUGCUGUAAAUGUAUUCCUUGGAAUUGGUGUUGCGUGGACAAUCGCAGCGAUAUACCACGAAUCCAAUGGCAGCAGUUUUUAUGUUCAACCCGGAAGUCUAGCCUUUUCUGUGACGCUAUUCUGCACAGAAGCAUUAAUAGCCAUUUGUAUCCUGAUGAUAAGGCGAAACAAUGCCUUCGGUGGAGAACUUGGUGGACCAACAACUUGCAAAUACAUAAGCAGUGCAAUACUCUUCUCUCUUUGGAUAAUAUAUGUGGUACUUGGUAGUUUAGAAGCCUAUGGUAUUAUUGAAGGAUUCUAAGUCAUUAUUAAAUGAAGUAUAAACCAACAAUUUAAAAACUGAUCUGAUGCAACAAACAACGAAAGAAAAAUGAAAAAAAAAUAUUAUAUUGUUGCCCAUCUAUUAAAAAACACAGCUCUAUAUUAUGACUUUGUAUUAUUAAAUGUAAUUUUUAAUUUAAAAUACUUUAAGUGCUAAAUAAGUUAUUUUUUCAUUGAGAAAAAUAAACUACGUGUUAUUUUUUAGAUUUAUUUAUUUUUAUCGAUGCUUUUGUUUACUUAUGUUUGUUCAUUAUUUUAUGUUUGAUUUGUUUAUGAAAUCGAAAAACAAAUAAAUAAAAUAAAUUAAUUGUAGUACCAAAAGAAAACUUAUUUCAAAGAAAAAAUGCAUAUACUCAAGUUUCAUUUUUAGUUUUAAAUUUAAGAUUUUUAUAUAUCCAAAUAAAUGAAAAUUUCUAUCUAUCUACAGACACCACACAGACAUAAACUUAACAUAAACAAAAAAAGUUAACAAGAUCUAUAUAAUAAUAAUCCAAACAUUUUCUUGGACUUAAGAAAUUCGAAAAUUUAAGUUUUCGAAACAAACAAAAGCUGUUUUAAUACUUACUUAAUAAGUGUAUAGAAAUAUAUAAUCGCAAGAAAAAUGCAUUAAUUUAAGUGUAUACCUCAAUAAUUUAAAACAAAACAACAAGAAGAAGAGAUUUUUAUAACAUACAAUAUUAUUUUUAUUUUAGAGUAACUUUUUUGUUUUAUCAGUUUUCAAAAAAUUAAAAGAAAAAUAAGUAAAAUAGAUAAAUAUGCUAAGAUAAAAUAAGCUGAAUAUUAGUUUCCUUAAACAAUAUAUUAGCUGGCAAUGAACCAAACUCCGAUUUUAAUAAAUUUUUUCUAUUGGACUCCUGUUUCAUAGUUAUGAAUUUUAAAGUUAACAGUUAACAUUUAACGCCUCUAAAAACAAAAUAUUCAAUUGACUUGCUGAUUGAUGAUUUGUGUAAUCCUGUCUAAAAAAAAUGUUUCCAAAUUGAAAAUGAUGCCUGAUUUUGGUUUAAACAAAAAUAGUUAGUAGUUUUAACUACUUCUAUUUUUUUAAUGGAAACAGGAAAAACAGAACAGAAGAACUGUAAAACGUAAAUUUUGGGAAAAUCAAAAAUUCAAGUUCAAAUUUCAAAACGAAGUAAUUAAAAUACAUACAUUUAUUAAUUUUUAACUUCCGAUAGGAAGUUUUUGUAAACGGUCCUAUUUGUUGAAUUGAAAAUGUUAACUUUUCUUGAAUUUUCAAGUUUCCUAAAACCUAAAUAAAAUUUGUUUAGAGGGAUGUCUGAGUGUGCGUUCGUGCGUUCAUACGUUCGUAGUUUUGAAAAGCUUUUUUCGUCAUCGAAAUCCUAAGAACCGACUUCAAAUGCAUUUUGUUAUACAGAUAAUUAAGCGGAAAGGACUCUCAAAAAAAUUAAGUAGGUGGUUUUGGUUUAUCUAAGAUAUCUCACGAACAAUAACGCUAUCAACUUGAAUAAAAUGUUAUAUUAUAUACUGUGAAGUGAUACCAAAAACUGAUAUCUUAUUGAAAAUAUUUAACCAACGUUUUUUUUUAUAAAUCAAAAUAACUGAGAAAAAAAUAAUUGACACCCCGAAUAUUCAAAGAACAAAAAUGACUUAAUCUCCAACAUAAUUUUAUAAUUAAAUAGAGAAUAAAAUGUUUGACAUCGGGUAAAAUUUUGAGAAGAAUUUUCCAAAAAAAUAUUAAAGAAAAAGAAACCCUACUAAAAGUUGGUAAAAAUUCAUUUUCGACUCAAACAUCUUUUCAAAAAUUAAAGAUAUUGACUUUAAACUAAUUUUAUUUUAUAAAAGAUAUUGUUGUCAACAUUUAGUGAAAUUUUUAAGAAAUUGAAUUCAUAGUUUUUACAAAACAUAUACAAAUAUGUAACUCUUAAAAAUUAUUAAAACUUGCUAAAUAUUGAUUUUCGAUUCAAAUAUCUUUUCAAAAAUCAAAAGUAUUGGCUUCAGAUUUCAUCUUGUUGAAAAUAUUGUUU